AUGAAUAGAUUUGAAGAAGCAUUGGAGUAUUAUGAUUCAGCUAUUCAGAAAAACCCAGAAAAUGCAGAUUAUUAUUAUGGCAAAGGUAUUAAGUUCAUGAAUAAACUAUAGCUGAUAAUCUAGAGAAUUUGAAUAGAUUUGAAGAAGCAUUGGAGUAUUAUGAUUCAGCUAUUCAGAAAAACCCAGAAGAUGCAAAUUUUUAUAAUGGCAAAGGUAUAAUUUAAUGAUGUAUAUAUUUGUUUAGCGAUUGCAUUAAAAAAAAUGAAUAGAUUUGAAGAAGCAUUAGAGUAUUAUGAUUCAGCUAUUCAAAAAACCCCAUAAGAUGCAGAUUAUUAUAAUGGCAAAGGUAUUAAAUAAAGAUGUAUAUUUUUGUUUAGCGAUUGCGUUAAAAAAUAUGAAUAGAUUUGAAGAAGCAUUAUAGUAUUAUGAUUAAGCUAUUCAAAAAAACCCAGAACAAGCAGAGUAUUAUUAUGGCAAAGGUAUAAAUUAAUGAUGUAAAUUUUUGUUUAGCGAUUGCGUUAGAGAAUAUGAAUAGAUUUUAAGAAGCAUUAAAGUAUUAUGAUUAAGCUAUUCAAAAAAACCCAGAACAAGCAGAGUAUUAUUAUGGCAAAGGUAUAAUUUAAUGAUGUAUAUUUUUGUUUAGCGAUUGCGUUAAAAAAUAUGAAUAGAUUUGAAGAAGCAUUAUAGUAUUAUGAUUAAGCUAUUCAAAAAAACCCAGAACAAGCAGAGUAUUAUUAUGGCAAAGGUAUAAAUUAAUGAUGUAUAUUUUUGUUUAGCGAUUGCCUUAUAUAAAAUGAAUAGAUUUGAAGAAUCAUCAGAUUAUUAUGAUUUAGCCAUACAUAAAAACCCAGAAUAAUCCAACUAUUACUGUGGCAAAGGUAUAAACUAGGAUGACUUUUGCUUUAGCUAUUACUUUAAAGAAAAUGAAUAGAUUUGAAGAAUCAUUAAAAUAUUAUGAUUUUGCCAUACAAAAAAACUCAGAAUUAGCAAAUUUUUACUGUGGCAAAGGUGUAAUUUAAUGAUCAAUAUUUUCUUAGCGAUUGCCUUACGUUUAAUGAAUAGAUAUGAAGAAGCGUUGCAGCAUUUUGAUUAUGCUAUUUAGAAAAAUCCAGAAGAAGCAGAAUAUUAUUAUGGCAAAGGUAUAAAAUAUUGAUAUACAUUUUCUUAGCGAUCACCUUAUGGUUCAUGAAUUGUUAUGUAGAAGCAUAAAAAUAUAUAGAAUUGGCAAUUCAGAAAAACCCUGAAUAAGCAGACUAUUUUUAUGACAAUGGUAUAAUUUAUAAUAUUAUCUAAGCAAAUAUUUUACAAUAAAAUUAUAGAAUUGAUGAAUCAUUGAAAUAUUAUGAUUUAUCUUUUCAGAGAAACCCAUAAGAUACAGAUUAUUAUUAUGGGAAAUGUAUAAUUUAAUGAUGCAUAUUUUUUUAGCGAUUGUCUUAAAGUCAAUGAAUAGAUUUGAAGAAGCAUUAAAGUAUUAUGAUUUAGCUAUUCAGAAAAACCCAGAACAAGCAGAUUAUUAUUAUGGCAAAGGUAUAAUUAAAUGAUGGAUAUUUUUUGUUAGCAAUUGCCUUAUAUAAAAUGAAUAGAUUUAUAGAAGCAUUAGAGUAUUAUGAUUUAGCUAUUCAGAAAAACCCAGAACAAGCAGAGUAUUAUAAUGGCAAAGGUAUAAUUAAAUGAUGGAUAUUUUUUUUAGCAAUUGCCUUAUAUAAAAUGAAUAGAUUUAUAGAAGCAUUAGAGUAUUAUAAUUUAGCUAUUAAUAAAAACCCAUAAAAAGCCAAUUAUUAUAAAUGCAAAGGUGUAAUUUAAUGAUUUAUAUUUUUUUUAGCGAUUGCCUUAAAGUCAAUGAAUAGAUUUGAAGAAGCAUUAGAGUAUUAUGAUUACGCUAUUCAAAAAAACCCAGAAAAUGCAGAUUAUUAUUAUGGCAAAGGUAUUAACUAAUUAUAUAAAUAUUUUGUUUAGCGAUUGCAUUAAGGUCAAUGAAUAGAUUUAUAGAAGCAUUAAAGUAUUUUGAUUUAGCUAUUCAGAAAAACCCAGAAAAAGCAGAGUAUUAUAAUAGCAAAGGUAUAAUUUAAUGAUAUAUAUUUUUUUUUAGCGAUUGCGUUAGAGAAUAUGAAUAGAUUUGAAGAAGCAUUAGAGUAUUAUGAUUCCGCUAUUCAAAAAAACCCAGAAAAUGCAGAUUAUUAAUAUGGCAAAGGUAUAAAUUAAUGAUGUAUAUAUUAUGUUAGCAAUUGCCUUAUAAAAAAUGAAUGGAUUUGAAGAAGCAUUAGAGUAUUAUGAUUAAGCUAUUUUAAAAAACCCAGAAGAUGCAGAUUAUUAUAAUGGCAAAGGUAUAAUUUAAUGAUAUAUAUACUUUUUUUAGCGAUUGCCUUAAGGUUGAUGGAAAGAUUUGAAGAAGCAUUAGAGUAUUAUGAUUAAGCUAUUAUAAAAAACCCAGAAGAUGCAGAUUAUUAUAAUGGUAAAGGUAUAAUUUAAUGAUAUAUAUAUUUUUUUUAGCGAUUGCCUUAAGGUUGAUGGAAAGAUUUGAAGAAGCAUUAGAGUAUUAUGAUUCAGCUAUUCAGAAAAACCCAGAAAAUGCAAAUUUUUAUAAUGGCAAAGGUAUAAUUUAAUGAUGUAUAUAUUUGUUUAGCGAUUGCAUUAAAAAAAAUGAAUAGAUUUGAAGAAGCAUUGGAGUAUUAUGAUUCAGCUAUUCAGAAAAACCCAGAAAAUGCAAAUUUUUAUAAUGGCAAAGGUAUAAUUUAAUGAUGUAUAUAUUUGUUUAGCGAUUGCAUUAAAAAAAAUGAAUAGAUUUGAAGAAGCAUUGGAGUAUUAUGAUUCAGCUAUUCAGAAAAACCCAGAAAAUGCAAAUUUUUAUAAUGGCAAAGGUAUAAUUUAAUGAUGUAUAUAUUUGUUUAGCGAUUGCAUUAAAAAAAAUGAAUAGAUUUGAAGAAGCAUUGGAGUAUUAUGAUUCAGCUAUUCAGAAAAACCCAGAAAAUGCAAAUUUUUAUAAUGGCAAAGGUAUAAUUUAAUGAUGUAUAUAUUUGUUUAGCGAUUGCAUUAAAAAAAAUGAAUAGAUUUGAAGAAGCAUUGGAGUAUUAUGAUUCAGCUAUUCAGAAAAACCCAGAAAAUGCAAAUUUUUAUAAUGGCAAAGGUAUAAUUUAAUGAUGUAUAUAUUUGUUUAGCGAUUGCAUUAAAAAAAAUGAAUAGAUUUGAAGAAGCAUUGGAGUAUUAUGAUUCAGCUAUUCAGAAAAACCCAGAAAAUGCAAAUUUUUAUAAUGGCAAAGGUAUAAUUUAAUGAUGUAUAUAUUUGUUUAGCGAUUGCAUUAAAAAAAAUGAAUAGAUUUGAAGAAGCAUUGGAGUAUUAUGAUUCAGCUAUUCAGAAAAACCCAGAAAAUGCAAAUUUUUAUAAUGGCAAAGGUAUAAUUUAAUGAUGUAUAUAUUUGUUUAGCGAUUGCAUUAAAAAAAAUGAAUAGAUUUGAAGAAGCAUUGGAGUAUUAUGAUUCAGCUAUUCAGAAAAACCCAGAAAAUGCAAAUUUUUAUAAUGGCAAAGGUAUAAUUUAAUGAUGUAUAUAUUUGUUUAGCGAUUGCAUUAAAAAAAAUGAAUAGAUUUGAAGAAGCAUUGGAGUAUUAUGAUUCAGCUAUUCAGAAAAACCCAGAAAAUGCAGAUUUUUAUAAUGGCAAAGGUAUAAUUUAAUGAUGUAUAUAUUUGUUUAGCGAUUGCAUUAAAAAAAAUGAAUAGAUUUGAAGAAGCAUUGGAGUAUUAUGAUUCAGCUAUUCAGAAAAACCCAGAAAAUGCAGAUUAUUAUUAUGGCAAAGGUAUAAUUUAAUGAUGUAUAUUUUUGUUUAGCGAUUGCAUUAAUAUAAAUGAAUAGAUUUGAAGAAGCAUUGGAGUAUUAUGAUUCAGCUAUUCAGAAAAAUCCCGAAAAUGCAGAUUAUUAUAAAUGUAAAGGUAUAAAUUAAUUAUGUAUAUUUUCUUAGCGAUUGCCUUAGAAUAGAUAAAUAGAUUUGAUGAAGCAUUAGAAUAUUAAGAUUUAGCAAUGCAGAAAACCCAUAAAAAUAAAAAGCAGAUUAAUAUUAAAGCAAAGGUACAUUUAACAAUAUUCCUCUUCUAGUUUCAUCUGAAACAGCAUUUUUAAAAUUAAUUAUAAGUUUCCAAUUAUGAAUCAACUUAUUGA